AUGAAAUUACCAGCUUUUAUAAAGGCUCACCAAGCAGACUUGUCAUCAGAAUAUUACCAUUUGACAAUAGGGCAAAAGGAGGACUUUCGAAAAAGUGUUAUGAACCUUCGUCAGUCCCGUGUCAAGAUUGUUCGUGCGAACCCAAAGGCGCUGCAGAAGGAUAUCAAUGCAACUUUCAAUAUCAUGCAAAACGAAGUAACACGAACAGGUUUUGAAGGGAUGUAUCUUGCUGUCCGAGGUGACAUUGAACAGUACCAUGAACCAAAGCUCUUCUACACCUCCAAAGUCGCAUCAUUUAUUAAGGACAUCCUUGGCAUGGAGCCAAAACGCUUUGCGCUUAAACUGGAGUCCUGGGUUAAAAGGGUUAUAAUGAAUUAUGAAAACUAUGAACGGAAGAUCGUGGAAACUUACAGCAUCGCCCUU